UACAUGGUUCUGACUCACUAGUUACGCUACAUAUGUCCACACUAGAACAAAACCUCCUCGUUCUCAGUGGGGUUAGUACUCUCGCAGCCUCCUUGCCACAAGCUAAACAUCUGUGUGGUGAUUAUUGCUCGACUUAGUAUCUCUGCGGCAAUCAAAGAGGUAGUUGCACUUGUACAUAAAAAACAUGGCUUCCAUUGUCGCAAACUUGCCUGCUCCAGCACUGCUGGUGCCUUCUAGAACUACCCUUUUCAGGACUCCUCAAAAAGGCCCAGUUUUUCCACUUAAAGAGACACAGAAUCGUGUUGCUGUUGUCAUGAAGGCUGCUGGGGAAAGCUCCGAAUCAUCAUCCUCACUCAGCAUUGUUAAGUCUGUUAAGAAUGUUUGGGACAGCUCUGAAGAUCGAUGGGCCAUUGGUGGUCUGGGGUUUGCAGCUAUUGUAGGAGUAUGGGCAUCAGCAAAUCUUGUAUCGGCUGUUGACAAGUUGCCGCUCAUUCCAAGUGUGCUAGAACUUAUUGGUAUUCUUUACUCUUCGUGGUUUAUUUAUCGAUAUCUCCUAUUCAAACCUGACCGCGAAGAGCUAUUCCAGAUUAUCAACAAGUCAGUCUCUUCCAUUUUGGGGCAAUGAAUCAUUCUGCCAAAGGCAAUUGAGAUUGUAUUCUAAGAUCAUAGGGCUUCUCUAUAGUUAUGCAUCAUGUGGAAAUGAACACUUGACUGAUAUUUCAUUUGGUGGGUUUAAAUUUCUGAUGCAUCAAGUAAAAUCAAUUCUAACUUCCUCCUUUCUCA